AGAGAGAGAGAGAGACAGAGAGAGAGAGAGAGAGAGAGAGACAGAGAGAGAGAGAGAGACAGAGAGAGAGAGAGCGUCAGUGUUGUGAUCGGAGGCUCAGCACAGAACAACCAGCGGCUUGUCUUCAGGCCCGCAGCAUCCUUCAUCAUGACUAAAGAGGAGAACCUGGAGGUGCAGGAGAAGGAGAGGCACGACCGGGAGGAGCAGGAGGAGGGGAGGGUCCAGAGAGAGGACGAGGAGGCACUGACCGAGGAGGAAGAAGAGGAGGAAGAGGAGAAAGACGAGGAAGAGGAGGACGAUGACGAGGAGGAGUACGAGCUGAAAGAGGAGAGGGAGGGGGAGGACAGAGCCGAGGUGGAGGAUGAGGCGGAGGACGGGGAGGAGGACGAGCGGGAGGAGGAGCGGGAGGAAGAGGGGGAGGAGCCAGCGGCCGGUCAGGAGCCCGAGGUCGAGCCGGAGCCCGAGCCGCUGUCGGUGUCCGAGUACCAGAGUCCAGUUCACGAGCCGCGGCGCCGAGCCAUGGUGCACCCGUCCGCCCAGGCCCCGCUGCCCAAAGACUACACCUUCACCUUCUUCGACCCAAAUGACCCGGCCUGUUUGGAGAUCCUCAUGGAUCCUCGGACCACCAUCCCCGAGCUGUUCGCCAUCGUGCGUCAGUGGGUUCCACAGGUGCAGCACAAGAUCGACGUGAUCGGCAACGAGAUCCUGAAGCGCGGCUGCCACGUGAACGACCGCGACGGUCUGACCGACAUGACGCUGCUGCACUACAGCUGCAAGGCCGGAGCUCAUGGAGUCGGCGACCCGGCGGCGGCGCUGCGCCUCAGCAGUCAGCUGAUCUCUCUGGGCGCCGACGUGAGUCUGAGGAGCCGCUGGACCAACAUGAACGCUCUGCACUACGCCGCUUACUUCGACGUCCCGGAGCUGAUCCGAGUCCUGCUGAAGGCCUCUAAACCCAGAGUGUUGAACUCCACAUGCAGUGACUUCCACUACGGUACAGCUCUGCACAUCGCUGCCUCCAACCUCUGUCUGGGUGCAGUUAAAUGCCUGCUGGAGCACGGAGCCAACCCCACCGUCCGGAACGAUAAAGGUCUGGUCCCAGCAGACGUGGUUCCCGACCCCAUGGACAUGAGCCUGGACAAGGCCGAGGCGGCCAUGGUGGCCAAGGAGCUGAGGCAGCUGCUGCUGGAGGCCGUCCCUCUGAGCUGUAACCUUCCCCGAGCCACGCUGCCAAACUAUGACAACAUCCCAGGAAACCUGAUGCUGUCCUCUCUGGGGCUGAAGCUGGGAGAGCGCGUACUGCUGGAUGACAUGAAGGUCAGAGAACAAACAGCGAACUCACCUGUGGUCAGGGAGGAUCAGGGAGGAUCAGGGAGGAUUACCGGCACUCUGAGGUUUUGUGGGACUACAGAGUUCGCCAGCGGUCAGUGGGUCGGCGUGGAGCUCGACGAGCCGGAGGGAAAGAACGACGGCAGCGUGGGCGGCGUCCGCUACUUCAUCUGCCCUCCUAAACUUGGGAUUUUUGCCCCCGUGUCAAAGAUUUCCAAAGCUGUGGAUCAGACGCCUUCAUCCGUCACCUCCACCCCCAGAACCCCCCGCAUAGACCUGGCCUCCCGCCUCGCCGGGAAGACCAAGAAGGAGAAGGAGAAGAAGGAGAAAGUGAAAUCCCAGAAGAAGAAGACGUCAGUAGCCAGUCUGGAUCCAGACGGGCUGAACGUGGAAGUUGGAGAUCACGUUCUGGUGGCUGGACAGAAAAACGGCAUCGUUCGCUUCUACGGCAAGACCGACUUCGCUCCAGGGUUCUGGUUUGGUAUCGAGCUGGAUCAGCCGACAGGAAAACACGACGGCUCGGUGUUCGGAGUCCGCUACUUCAGCUGUCUGCCCAAAUAUGGAGUGUUUGCUCCGCCCUCACGUGUCCAGAGAAUCGGAGGUCCUAAAGACGGAUCACAGAACGACAAAUCCAUGGUGAAGAAAGUUCAUCAAGUCACCAUGUCGCAGCCCAAGCGUAACUUCAACACGAUGCGUUCUCCUAAAGACCUGACCUCCGAGAGCUCCAUAUCCAGAUUGCUGUUCUGCUGUUGGUUUCCGUGGAUGCUGCGUGCUGAGAUGCAGUCCUAACCGCGCCCUCCUCCUUCUUCCUCCUUCACUCCUCCGCCAGAUCGAUCUCUCUCCGCGUCUUCUUUCUCUUCAUCUUUUUACGUUUGGUUUCCUCUCUUCAGACUUUCACAGUCGUGGGUCACACUUCUUGUAGUGGAACCUCCUCCUCCCUCUUCUCUCGCUCACUCUCAGCCCAGAUCACUCUGAUUUAGCCGUUCUAUAGCAAAAUCUAUAGUGCCUUGUAUCUGAUCAAAACGUCCUGCGUUCCUUUAAUCAAACUGAGAAUCCAGCUCUGCUAAAGCAAUUCCCCUAAAAUAUUCUCAUUAUACGUCUUUUCAUUUAGUUUCAGCAGGUUCUCAUCUCAUUGUCCCAGCUCGGUGUUUGUCCAUGUUGUGUCUUUCUUUGGGGCAAAAAUAUAAAAAAACAAAACAAAAAAAACAAUCACAUAAAGUUAGUUUGUGCUGCUACAUGUUUUUUUUUUUGCUGCUACUCGAUUUGGGUCUUAAAUUUUGAGUGUUGGCACCAGGUAUCUUAAAUCAGGAACGAAUUCUGAUGUUCUGACUCAUGUUUGCAUCAGAUCCAGAAACGAACUCUGUCAGUCUGUGAACACAAACAAUAAUGAGGUUUUGCCAAAUGACUUGAUUGUACGACGUCCUUGGACUAAAUCUGUACAGGAACUUUGAUUUGUGCGUGUUUGGGAUUGUCCCUCCACUCAGAGAGCCCUGGUUACUCAUGUAACUGUGAGCCCAGAUGUCAGUGCUUUAGUUCGAUGGUAGAAACUUUAACUUUAGAUCGCGUGUGAAGAACUUUUAUCACCUGCAUGCUUUAAUCUCAGAGAUCAAACUGAAAACAGGGUUAACCAACGACGUUGUGUUUUAUCAUAGUGUUACAGUCAGGUAUUUUUUAUCUUAACCGUCAGAAAACAAAAUGGUCACAACAAAGGGAACGCAUCUCUGUAGUUCAUAUUAGACGGCGACUUUUUAAUAGAGUAACUUGAAUUUAAGUUGUUGCCCUUUGACAACAUUUCUGAACACACAGAAAACAGGUAGUUUAGUCUUUAAUAGAUGAAGUACUGUAGUUAAUAUAGCAACUGAUCGCCUUAGAAUAACUGUUAUAAUCAAUCAGUGCGUUGCCAAAUACAAACAUUGGUCCAUCCAGUUAGAGUUAAAAUAUCAUAUGUUAUAGAAAUCUUAUGAAGAGCUGCAAUCCUAAUCUGACGUUAACCAAAAGUGCUAACAGACCCAAAACUAUGAUUUUAAAUUUUAAAUAUAAAGUGUUUUCAGCCCCGCUACAUGUGAUAUUAGUGUGAUUGUGUUGCUAAAAAUACGCUUUAUUUAGAGCUUUUAAACAACAUUUAAUCAUUUUGGAGUUUUGUUAAUGAUAAUCAGUUGUACAGCCCUUCAUGAAAAAACAUUCACCUCCUCCAUCUGGGAAGUUUUUCAUUUCCUAGCAUAGAAAUCUGAACCCUGAUAAUCUCCCAGAUGAUAUUUGUAAAGUUUCCCUCCUGACUUCUCUUCCUCUCUUCUCUCGUCCUUCUUUCUCCAUCUUAAAAAAAAAAAGACUUUUUGUGAAUGUGAGCAUCUGCGAAAAAGACAAAAGAGAAUCACAGUUAAUCUAAACUUACAGUAACGUGUGUGCUUAAUGUUGAAAUCUCUCUCUCUCGAAAUAUGUGCAUAACUGAAAAACAGCAAUAUGUAAAACAGUGUACUGAUCUGUGUGGAAAUGGUUCCCGUGUUAAUGUUUCUUUACACUCUGUGUGCACACGAACGCAGAGAGACGAACACGCUUCACGCUCUGACGGCCGAGGCUGCCGCAGACGAGACGCCAGACAACCAGAAAUCAAUCAGUGGACGUACGUUAGCGCCUCAGUGAGCGGUAGAUUCAACGGGUCGAGAGCUGGUGGGAUGUUUGCUUCAUCUGGACCAACACCGAACAUUAAUGGGAUCCAUUCUGGAUCAGACCCGUCCUGUAACAAACCAACCAACAAACAAACAUAAGUAACCUCUGGAAAACCUCUGCGUUGACCUUAUUGUUUGGUUAAAAUCCCCAAAUCUGCUCUUGAAUUUUGAAUCUACCUUCCGUCCAGUUGCUUUUGGUUCUGACUGGUUCUGUCUGACGUCACUCUGACAGUAAACAAACUCCGCCUGGUUGUGGGUUUGUCUCUGCAGCCUCGGCCACAGGAAACACUCCUGCACACUGCUGUUGAUAAUUGUUCUUUUUGUGCCCGUGGAAUCAGCUUCAACAUUACUCUGAUGAUGACUGCAGCACCUUCACUCUUCGGGUUUUACUCAGUCGGCUGCUGAGUUCAGUCGGUCUGCGAUCGGACCGACGCUUUUCAUUCUCGCUCAAACUCAAAGCUGCUACAUGAGACAGCAGAAAGGUGAAAUGAUGUAGGCAGUUCUUUGUUACGCGCUGUGGGUUGAGCUUUGUGUGAAUGGAGCUCUCGUCAGUUCAGCACUUUGAAGAUGAACUGAGCUGGUUUCACUUAACGUUGAAGUGUUUUUUUGCGCAGGUCAGCUGGUUUAAUCGCCGUGUUCAGAUGAAUUUAACUGCAAAAACAGAAAUGGAAAAUAACUGAGAAAAAGGCACAGACAGUUUGUGAAUCCUAACUAAGAUUUGGUAGCUGACAAAAAUGACCAGAUUUUCAAUGUUACCUUAAAUACAAUCUGUCCUGGAGCACCACAACAGCCUUCACUCCCAAAAUGAUUCCAGCUUCAUUCAGGGACCAGAUUUAAAGUUAAAACUGCUGAAUUAAGUCCACAUUAUUUAUUUGAAAUCCAGAUUUUCCACAUCUGUCUAACUGCAGUCAGACAUAAACUCGACUCCGAGCCACUUUCCUGAUAUAUAACACAGACUCCAGGUUACUGAAGCUGUUCUGACGACGAUCUCUUGAGAAAGAUGAUUCGAUAUGCAGAUGACUCACUCCUCUACCUUCCUACUGUACAUUGACGCUGUGAGCUUUCCCCUGCCAUCCCAUCCAAACCCGAACAAAAAGAGUCCGAUGAACUGAAGUUAUUCCACACGUCGUAGUUCACGUCUGUUUAUAAUUUCACACACAGAUACACUGGUGUUCCAUGCUAACGCUCCACAGAGUCGGGCCCGGCCGACUCCUCCAUCCUGUAGGUGAAUAUAGACGUGAGUGGAGCGCAGUGACGCUGAGGUUUGUCUUUGUACAGUAAACGUACCGUACAGUUAAAUGUCCCAGUGAAGCCUCUGUCGGUUUGAACUCUUACUGCUGUGUAAAUGUGGAGCUUUCUCUGCUUUGGCCACUAAGUGUCACUAGUGAGUCACCGGUUAAUCAUCUCACAACAGACGAAGCUUUUCCUCACCACAUAUUCUCUAUUUGUUUCGCUCCGUUUAAAGGACUUCUGUCUGUUUUGGCUCUUUAGAUACAAACUACUGAAUGUUUGCAUGAUUUCUGGAGGAUCAAAGUCGAAUCCUCCCUUCAGUCUUCAGCUGUGGGUCCAGUUCAGUGUUGAGGAAAAAGUUUUUUUUCAUCUGUGUAAAAUUUAGUCUUGUUUAUAUUGUAUGUUCGGCACAUCGUCAUACUGAAACGACUGAAUAGGUCAGUUACCGUCACUCCCCAAACAACAUAUAUCACCAUACUGAAUGAAGUUGCUGAAUCAUAGAAGUUAUGAUUCUAUUUUACUUAAUUAGAUAAAUUGUUCUGUACAAAAUAUACAAGUCCGGGCUUCAUGUCCCAGCCAGUCUGUGGUUAAUGUUACGCACAGAUUAUGAUUUUGGUUAAAUGUUUACCUCCAGUCACAGCUGACUUUUUCUACAUUAAAUCAAACAGACCACAAACUCUGAUGUGUCAAACUUAAAGACGAAGGCUCGAUACUGAAACGUGAGAAACAACAUUAGCAGAAACAGAGUUUUCUUGAAGACACCUUCGGCCAGAUGUUGGCUGAAUUUUGGAUCAUCUCUCUAAAUUUCUGUGAGCUGAUUUUCUGUAGGAAGGAAAUCAGUGAAAACCUGAUGGAGGAUUCUGGAUGAUGAUCACCAGAAACAUGAAACAUCUGUGGUUUGAAAACAUUCAGAACCUUUAAACUCUCUAUAAUCGAUCGGUGUUCGUGUCUGAGAAUAUAAACUCAUUCUCAUAGAAACUAACUCAGCACUGGUUGUUUUAACAUUAAGAAUAUACAGUAUAUAGCCUAUAUUUUGAUAACUUCACUAAGUGUACUUUUUGUUCUCCGGUUUUUGUAGUGUGUGUGAGUGUGUGUGUGUGUGUGUGUGUGUGUGUGUUACUUUGUGCUCGGUUUCAGUCCACGUGUGAGUAACUCCUGUUUUCAAAAAGUGUGAAGCUGACGGACGUUAACGAGGAAACGGGAGAGAAGGAGCAUCGGACGUCCUCACCCUGACAGACACUCACUGCAUGCUCUCUCUCUCUGUGACUUUCUCUCUCAGUAUUUUCUGAUUUCAGUUUUUUCAAUAUGUGUAACUUCUUCUCAUCAGCAUGGAAGUGCUUCUAAUAAUAACAGUGACGACUCUAUGAAUAUAAUAAAGAUGUUGUUUGUUUGUUUUCAUA